AUGCAACGAUUUUUUAUCAAAAGGAAUGAAGUCCAUAAAUUACGGAAAUUUGUGUUGCCUUCAAGAGAUAUAGUAACGCAUGAUCAAUGGAUUGAAGAUGAUCAUAUUAAGGAACGCGUAGCUAGUGAAAUUACUGAUAUCCUUUUACAGGAGAUUAGGCUGAACGCACUUCGAAGAGUUUCUGAGGGAUCUGAGAAUACACUAGUAGAAAUUAUAGCUCGUUUAAUAGACAUGGCUAUUAAAGCCAGUAAAAGUCGCAAAGUUCAGCAAAAAAGUGGAUCAAGAGGAGAUAAACCAGAUCUUAUGUUUCGUGCUUACCUUCGCCAAAAGUGGAAAGAAAUCGUUUUCUUUGAAAGCGGGAAAUGGAAUGCUGAUGAAGAUAAAAUCUGUCACGACCAUAAUAAAUUAGUGCAACUUUGUUUGGAUGGGUUUAAAGAACUUGUAAAGAAAUGCACGAAAGAAACCUUCUAUCAAAAUUAUAUAGGAUUCGGUAUUAAUAUUGCAGCAAAAAUACCCCUUGGUAAAGAGUCAGUUGAGGAAGUUGAAGAGUUCGUUCAUGCUCUAUUAGUUUUGCGAAAUGGGGUUAUCGUAAAUUUACAGAGUAUUGUAAAUAGUUUUCAAAAAAGAUCAAGAAAGACGAGUGAUGUAAAUCCUCCUCCACGUGAAGCUGGAAGAUUAAGCAAGAAAAAAUAG